AUGGCGCCCGGCAUAGUCUCAGACUCCCCCUCCGCCUCCUCCACGCCCUCCAAGCCCCGGAUCCUGGUCCCAGAGAAGGUAUCCCCCGACGGCCUGGCGAUGCUGACAUCUGACUUCGAAGUGGACUCGCGGCCGGGCGGCCUCUCGCCGCAGGAGCUGCUAGACCUGAUUCCAUCGUACCAGGGCCUGAUCGUGCGGUCCGAGACCAAGGUGACGGCGGCGGUGCUGGCCGCGGGGGCCAACCUGCGCGUCGUGGCCCGCGCCGGCGUGGGCGUCGACAACAUCGACGUUGACGCCGCCACCUCCCAAGGCAUCAUCGUCGUCAACUCGCCGUCGGGCAACAUCGUAGCUGCCGCCGAGCACACCAUCGCCCUGCUGCUGGCCACGGCGCGCAACGUCGGGCGCGCCGACCGGUCCUUCAAGGAGGGCCGCUGGGACCGCGCCAAGCUCGUCGGCGUAGAGGUCGGCCGCAAGACCCUCGGCAUCAUCGGUCUCGGCAAGGUCGGGAUGAAGGUCGCCCGCAUGGCCGUCGGGUUGGGCAUGAAGGUUCGCGCCGUCGACCCGUACGCCAGCGCCGACGUCGCGCGGCAGGCGAGUGUCGAGCUCGUCGACGGCCUGGCGGACCUGUUGCCCGUGGUGGACUUCUUGACCAUCCACACACCUCUGCUGGCCAGCACACUGGACCUGCUGGGCGAGGAGGAGUUUAGACGGAUGAAGAGCACGGCACGGGUCCUGAACGUCGCCAGGGGCGGCGUGUACAACGAGGCGGCGCUGCUCAGGGCGCUCGACGAGGGCUGGAUCGCGGGCGCCGGACUGGACGUCUUCACCAAGGAGCCACCCGGGGAGGGCAGCGUGGCGGCGCGGCUGGCCCGGCACGAGAAAGUGGUCAGUACGCCGCACCUGGGCGCGAGCACGGUGGAGGCCCAGGAGAACGUCAGCCUGGAUGUCUGCGGUCAGGUCUUGCUCAUACUGAAGGGCGGCCUGCCGACGGCGGCGGUCAACGCGCCCCUCAUCCUGCCCGAGGAGUACAGGAAGCUGCAGCCGUUCGUCCGGCUGGUCGAGAAGAUGGGCGGGCUGUACACGCAGCACUACGUGGGCUCGCGGGGCGGCCGCGUCGGCGGGCGCAAGUUUGAGCUCGUCUACCAGGGCGAGCUGGCGGGCGUCGGGAACACGCGGCCGCUGUUCGCCGCCCUGGUCAAGGGCCUCGUGAGCCCCUUCUCCGAGAGCGGGGGCCGCGACGUCAACAUCGUCAACGCGUCCCUCAUCGCCAGGGAGAAGGGCAUCGUCAUCAACGAGACCCACACCAGGGACGCCGGCGAGGGCACCUACGCCAGCCUCGUGACGCUGCGCUCGUACGAUACCACGGAAGGCGAGAGGAAAGGGAGCGAGCAGAUCAUCGAGGGGUACGUCAGCGGCAAGACCGUCUUCAUCUCGAAGCUGGACCGCUUCACGUCGAGCUUUACUCCGGAGGGCACGCUGUUGAUCCUGCACAACUAUGACGAGCCGGGAAAGAUUGGCGGCGUCGGUACGGUGUUGGGUCAGAGUGAGGUCAACAUCAGGUGGAUGCAGGUCGCCAGUCUAGAGCAGGAGCUGAACGAAAAGGCUCCCGGGAGCGGGAACGGGAAGGGAAGAGGCAACGAGGCAUUGAUGAUCUUGGGUGUUGGCGGGACGGUCGGUAAGGAGGUGCUGGAGAAUCUGAAGAAAGAAGAAGGCAUAUUGGAUGUUAGUUUGAUUAGACUGUAA